AUCACUGAGGAGUAAGUCGCCAUGAUCAAAAUACGGCCGGUUGCUGCUCCCAGUUUAUUACGAUUUAUUAAGUUAGAACAAGUUUGUACAAGACCCUGCCAUCAUGCAGUGGCCCCUAAUGAAUACACGGACGUACCAAAAUAUCCACCUAUUGUGGAUAUGUCCAGGAGAGCCAAAAAGAAGCGGUUGAAAACUGCCUGGCAUGAUAAAAUUACUAAACUACCGACGGUGGAGCAGAAGCUGAUGGAGUUAAACUUGCCAAAGUAUUAUGGCUACUGGUCAGGUCACUUGAUCGACGUGUGCCCGAAGUUACUGGGAUUAAAUUUUAUUCAAUACGCCACUAGGACACACGUGGUAAAUGGUCUGCCUGAGGAGUAUUACAGCGAUGUGAAGAACGAGGCAGAGAGGUUGACCACAGCCGUCACGGAUAAGGUGGAACACUUAAUCCACCUCAACUAUAACUGUCCCUUGAGCAGACGGAGCUUUGGCCCUGGUCGUGCAAGUGAGCGUCACUCCACUCAAAACUUCUUGCUUGGCUUGCAUAGACUCAUGGCUUCAACUGUGGAUUCCACCGUGCAGCAUAUCAAAGAAUCUGUGGUAGAUAUGCAACCUCGUGUUGAAGCAUUUUGGAUACUAGGAGGUCUUCCCCCAGAUGAAAUGUUACGGAAAACGCGUAAGAACUAUGAACCAUCCAAGGAGUUGGAGAAUGAUCUCAUAGACAGAACCAUGCAAGGUGUGAGCACUCCACGUCUAGGAGUACGUGUGACUGAUGGUCUGCCUGAGGUAGUCUCCAGAGAUGAUCCAUUGGCCACAUCUGCCUUUGUACCUGACAACAAACUGGAUCCCCGGGCCUUUGGUUUUAGAUUUCAGCACAAGCCAGCUACUACAGUGACAGGAUUUUGGCCAGGAGAGAAAAAAGAGCACAGUCAACUGUGGCUCCAUAGCCGUGAGUUCAUCACUAAGUUUGUUGAAGAAUAUGGUGAACAUAAUACUGAUGUAGCCUUACAUCACAUGAUGAUCAUUUCAUCCUUUACCCAGGCACUUGCACAUGCUGCUUACCUUGGGUUUGGUCCAGUAACGGAGCUCACAUACCCAUUGGUCCAGCAGUCUGCUAUUACUGACGGGCAGCGGUGGAACUUUAGUGUGUAUCAGCUAAACACCUGCACCCUACACUCAGAUCUUGCCACCAAUAACCCUCACAACAAUAUCCUUUGGCUUGGAGAAGAGCAGGUGCUAUUUGAGAAUGGUGUUAAGGGGCUGAAUGCUGAAGUGCUUACAGCUCUGAUAUCCAUGUACCUCAAGAAGGGAAUUGAAAGAGACAACCCAACACCUCACCUGGGAUCAUAUAAGCAUUUGGCUGACCAUCCAGCAUCUGAAGAGUAUCGUGAGAUGUUCCAGAGUCAUUUGCAUGACCUCUUCUCUGGUCGUGGCCGCCACUUUAUGAAGCCAGAGAUGUACCUUUGGGAAAAAAUCUACAAGAAGGACUUCAAUACCCGCUUUUUUGAAGCCCGCCGACGUUUCUUUGAAAAUCAUUAUAAACAGAAGGAUCCUGGUCAGCGUCGCUUGGAUGAAUACAGCCCAAUAUAUAUUCCAAAGGCAAAGAGGAAGGACAGGAGAGUCAAAUAUAAGCCUAUGCUAGAUUCAGAAGAACUAUACAAAUAUCAUUAAUAUUAAAAGCCAGUAUUUUUGUGAAGGUCAUGGUCAUUGUCUCUCUACAAGGGGUACAAGAAUAAAAGAAUCUUAAGGAAAUAUUUAAGGUAACUCACUGAACUGUUAACAGCACUGGUAGUUUUCUGCCUCACUGUAGAUUUUUCAUUAGUGUUGGUUUUGAAAAGUUUUUUCUUAAAGUAACAUAGGCCUAACAUCUUGAAGUACCGGGUAUGAUUUAAAAGUCAUUAAUAAGAGUUCAAGGAAGACUGUCUGCUUACUGUAGUUACUAAAAAAUGUAGGAACCUAUUUUCUCCUUCACUCUGUUCAGUGAAUGCCUUGUACUGUAUCUGAAAAUUUCAACUCACUUAAAUAAAUCAUAUGGGUACAAAGAAAAAAGGUUAUAAUUUUACUGAAACUUAUUGGUAAAGUAAUACAUGCUCAUUUUCUUAUAGAUUUUGUUUACACAUUCAUCAAAUAUUUUAUAAAGUAGCUGGAAAUAAUAUAAACUAACACUGAGAUAGUUGGUAAGUUAUAUUGUAAAUUGUAUAUCCUGUUGUUUUGUAAAUAAAUGUAUUUGGUUAUAAA